GGUAUUGUGUAAUGAUGAGUUAAAUUCAGAGUGGUUACAUCGGUUUCAAUAAUUUUUGUUGAGUGCUGAUUGUACUAAUUUGCGAAAAACAUGACAAAAUAUUUAUGUCUGAUUAUCAGUUAAUAAAAAAUGGAAUUAAAUCAUCUUAAUAAUCAGAAUUAAAGAGGAAAAACUAAUGAUAAUUACUUGACUUGCAUUAUUAUAUCAAAAUAUUGUUUAUCAUAGGCUUAUAGACAACUCUUUUUAUCACUCAGUUACAAAAUAACACCUGUCAAAAAAGAAUUUAAUAAACACACAUAAAAAAAAUUAUAAAGUUGAAUGAAAACUAUGUAUAUUUUAUGAAAGGGAGAUAACUCAUAUCGUAAAAAGAAAUUUACAAAGACAACAAAUAAAUAAGUAUUAUUGGUAAAAUAAUUUACUGAAUCAUGGUUUUAACCAAAGAAUACCGAAUAUGUAUGCCAUUGACUGUAGAAGAGUAUCGAAUUGGUCAACUUUAUAUGAUUGCCAGACACAGUCAUGAACAGUCAGAUGUUGAUGAAGGAGUAGAAGUUGUUGAGAACAUUGAGUGUGAAGAUGAAAAAUAUGGAAAAGGACAAUAUACUGAGAAAAGAAUUCAUCUUUCUAGUAAAUUACCGUAUUGGAUCCAAUCUCUCAUACCGAGAAUAUUUUAUGUCACAGAGAAAGCCUGGAAUUACUAUCCUUUCACAAUAACGGAAUAUACUUGUUCAUUCAUUCCUAAGUUUCAAAUAUCUAUUAAAACACGUUACGAAGAUAAUAAUGGAUCAUCUGAAAAUUGUUUAGGUCUAACUCCAGUUGAAUUAAUUCAUAGAGAAGUAGAUUUUGUAGACAUUGCUUACGAUGAACUUUCAGCCAAGCACUAUAAAGAAGAGGAAGAUCCUAAAUUUUUCCAGUCAAAGAAAACUGGAAGAGGUCCGUUAAUUGAAGGAUGGCGAGAUACAACACAACCAAUUAUGUGUUCUUAUAAACUUGUUCAUGCAUCUUUUGAGGUUUGGGGAAUGCAAACCCGAGUUGAAGACUUCAUUCAUAAAUGUAUUAGAGAAAUUUUAUUACUUGGACAUCGUCAAGCAUUUGCUUGGAUUGAUGAAUGGUGUGAAAUGAGCUUAGAAGAUGUUCGUAAUUACGAGAAUAAAAUGCAUCAAGCAACUAAUGAGAAAAUUCAGAUAAAAAAUACUGAAGUUCCUAAACCAAUGAAUUUAUCUACUUCCUCGACGUCUAUUCCUUCAAGUCCGAAGAGUCCAACAGAAUCUGCAAGCCGAACCUCAUGGUUUUCAUGGUCCUAAUUUUAUUUAUGUAAGAAAUAUAGUCAUACUGUUUAAACACCAAAUUAAAUAAAUCUACAAAUUAUUUUGUGGGUUUCUUUUAAGAAUUUGUUAGAAAAAUAAUGAUAAUAA